AUGCCGAUAUUGUAUGGAAUACUGCAACGCUUGACAGCGCGUAUUACACCUUUCCACACGUAUGCAGGGUAUCAGUAUAGUCGUCCUUGCCGAGCAGUGAGAAGUAAACGCACACCUGUCGUAUGGCCUGGCUCAAUGCACAAGAUUGUUGCCUCGUCAAAGCCAGACCUGAAAGAAGACGGGCUGAACGACCGCACGUUGACCGAAAACACGUCCGCGGACGGGCCUGGUAUCGACGUCUAA